AUGAAGAUGCGAUUAAAACUCGCAGCUCUGUGUUGUGCGCAGCCCACAGUUGGAGUAUCAACAAUAGGAUUUGGCGAUUUGGUGCCUCUCCAGCAAGGAUCAGCCCUUCAACUUCAACCCUUUUAUGUCAUCUUCACAUUGCUCUUCGUCCUUCUGGGACUAGCAGUCUUUUCGGCAUGUGUGAAUUUACUGGUAUUAGGGUUCAUGGCUCCAAACGCUGAUGUAGUGACGGCAGCGAUUAGAGAACCACAAAGCACCAUUGUAUUCGAACGAUUUGCAAGGUCAGGAAUCCUUCUUUUUGUUUUGCUUCUUAGGGAGUGCCUGAGCAAUCAACUGCUGCGAUGGAUACGAGAACGAAUCCCUGUAGACGAUCCAAUACGAAUCAAAUCACUCUCGAAUUACAAGGAGAUGCAAAGCCUUGGAAAAGGCAGAUUCGGUGAGGUUGUUAAGUACCUAAACACCUCGAAAAUGGUUCACGAGACGGUAAAACGCGUGCCAGUGAAGUUGUUUGACCACUGGAGUCAAUCCGACUAUCGUAUUUCACAGAAAUUCGGUGUCUCCUUGAAUGUGUCGCAAAUUCGUCCCGAGGGAAUGGAAGGUCGUGAGCUGAGCAUCGAAGGUGAACAGGAGCCAAACGAGAACAGUGUUUUGGAAAAGUGA